GAUUUGAUUUCGAAGUUGCAUAGGCUGGAGCAGUGGCAGCGUGAGGUUGAAAGUCAGCGAGGCAACCAGCCGGCAAAAGGAGGGUACACUAGAGGUGAUCCAAAAGCACGAGCUCGAGCUGCUGGCCCAGUAGGGGCUCAACAGGGUUUUCCUGGAAUCCCUCAGUUGGCAGCUCUGUGGAAGUUGGAGGAGGAAGCAGGCCCGGAGUUCUCUGGUCCGGCCUUUGGUUCAGUGGAGGAGGGCCCGGGCCCCCUGCCCGAUCUGUGUGAAGAGCAGUGUAUCUUCGUCUCCUUGAAUCAUCGAGAAGCACUGCAGAGGGUGCAUUUGGCCUAUUCUGCCGGGUUUUGGGCUAGGGUUAGUCUGGAAACGUUCACUGAUCAGGUUACUCCUUUGUCCUUCCCUGACACAGCCGCCCACUUCAUUGUGCUCCGUGCCUGUGGGAUUGGUGGUUACGUGCGCUUUGCAUCCCGUGAGCAUUUCAAUCGUUUGAGGGAUCAGAUUUUUGCAGGUGGCCUCGUCGCUUUCGGGUUUGAGUCAUUCGCUGAGUGCCUGCGGAGGGACGCCCCCUGCAGCAUUGCUGCUUGGCGCUGGCGGGCCUACUGCGCUUUGUGGUGCAGUGGGUGCAAAGUUCCAAAGAGCACCUUAAUUGGAUUGCAAGACAAAAAAAAUCAAAAAAAAGAACAAAAAAAGGCAAAAAAGGAAAACAAAACAAAUAAAAAAGAAUUCACGCCUGAUGUGCAAAAUGCGGCUGACAGACGUCAGUCGAAACAAGAGUCCGUGACGGACCACCGAAUUCAAAAUGCGGCUGAUUUCAAGCAGUCGAAACAAUAUACCAAAAGAGAAGUCAAGAGAAUGAAGAUCAAUGGAUCUCAACCUAGACAGUUGCCUUGCUGGCUGGCGCUGCUGUGCUUGAUGUGCUUGCCUGCCCAAGCUGCGUCUUCUUGCACGGAAAGCCCCGUGGCAUGCACUAGACCUAGCCCCCUGGAGGGCUCCCCGGGUGCGUCGUUUGGCGGUGGGUUAGCCGCGGCCAAUGUGACCCUUUGCAAUGGUCUGUGCGGCAGCUGUUCUGCAGUGAAGUUCGCGCGCUGUGCGCCUUCGAACUCAACAUGCGCUGCGCCUCAGUGCCAUUGCAGUGAACUCCUGCCACCAAGCAGCGAGGCCAUUUUUGCAUCUUGGCUGGCACCUACCGAGAGUGUCUUGGUUGGGGGUACUCUCAACCAGUAUAAGAAACACCCACCUCGACGGAAAUAUGCCAAACGGGGUGAGGGGAAUAGCCAUACUCUGGGUGAACAAACCCGGGAUUUGAUUGCUGCUUUGAAACAGUGCCUCAACAAUGAACCUUCACUGGAGCAUUUGUGGUCGGCCCUACAGGCCACUGUCGCCCAGACGGUGCCUCAUAGGACCAAAAAGAGUGGACCCAAGAAAAAGAAACUGAAAAGCGUCGGCUCCAAACCUCCUGCUGACACAGGCGGGACUGAUGAAAAGGUUCUCUGGUGGACUGAUGAAACCGGUCACAAGAGAGCGUAUACCAUCAACCAAAGAGGGUGGUGGACUUGGGUACCUGAUGUUCCGACCUCAGCAAGCCAUCAUCAUCCUGCCAGCCGAGCAGAUGGCCACAAAGGCGAGCCGAACCAAGGUAGACUUGGCACUUGGAUGUCAGGGCUGAGGUCCACUGAUUGGGCCACCCAGCCUGUUCCCAAGCUCAUUUCUUUCCCUAAAAUUCGUGACUCCCUGAAACUUGGACAAAAGAUUGACGGGAACGUGGUUGAGAUAUGGAGCCCGGAUGUCCUGGAUGAGUUGAACACCUUGUGGUCAUGUUUUGGAAAAACUGAAGGUUUGACCGCCAUCCUUUUUGGAGAGGCCAGAGCCCAGAAUCCUGAGGCCACUUCGGCCAGGUUGUCAGUGACCCGAGGGUCGUUUGGACCAAAGCUUGAAGAAGGGUCGCUAUUGCGGAUUGGUCCUGGCCAAGGUCCUUGGCUCCCCGGCAGCAAGAAGGUUGACAUCAGCACCAUCCCUACGGUGCAAAGGGAAACCUUGCGAGUUGCUGCUCCAAGUUUUUUCAGGGUCCCCUUUAUCGGAGAUCGCAGAGAAGACUCACCAACCUUGAUUGUGCAAGCCUUAGCAAAUCUUGCUGAGGCACCUCUGCAUGAUUUUUUAGGGGGGCGCUGGAAUGCCCAUGAAACGAAGGAUGGCAAACAGCUUGUUGCUUUUUUACGCCUGAAGUCUUCCACUGUGGCUAAACUGAAACCUCUGAGUGGCCAGUCUGGUUUGUUUUUCACUCAUAUUAACCCCAAAGACAAAACGGAAUUUCAUCCUUUUUGGAUCCAGAGGAAUUCCCAAGAAAAUGACGAAACCUACUUUAGACGUGUUGCGGCUUUGCAAAAGGAGCGUGCUCAACCUAUGAUUUUCAGGUUUGGCUCUGGUGCUAACCUGGGCUUCUGCAAGAAACCCAGUGAUGUCUCCCCGGAGAAAGUCAGGAUGCAUGUUGCUCAGGGCGUCCCCCGGGCUUGGGGGAUUGGUGACUUGGAAUCAUUUUUGCAGUCUCAGGCAUGGUCUGAAAUUUCUGACCUUGUCCGCAAGCGAAACUCAUGGACUUUUCGGGCAAAGGCUCCGAAAGACAAUGCCACCACAGCAUCUUGGCAUUACGACAUCGGCUCUUCUGACAGCACAGACUGGACGAUCACGAUUCAGGUUGCGGUCCGGGCCCCUCAGGCUCCCCAGAAGAAUGUUUCUCUGCGAGGACCCAGGCGAGAAGUCACCUUGAAAGAGUUUUGGCCUGCAGCCAAGGUUCCUGAUCAUGAGGAAUUGCCCCAAGCGAAAUCUCCAACUGACUCUCAUACACCAGCCGGUGUCUCACCAGUUGCAACUGAGGGUGUCCGUAGCAGUGCUCGUGACCGCACUCAACGCAGCAGGUCACCAAAGCGAUCUGAUGAGGUCGCUCCUACUAUCCCUGAGACUCAGGAAGACGAGAGCAAAGAAGACGAAAACAUGGGAAACACCGAGGCGAGUAGACCUCCCAAAAAACAGCGUUUGGUUGAACCCAGUGACCCUCAAGAGGCCCUCAGCAGUUUUGGGUGGCAGCAGUGGGACCAGCACGGAAAUGGAAAGUCAGAUUUUGAUGCUUGGCUCCACAACGCAGCCAAGCCCACCACUUGGGCUGAUGGUCGCACCAUCCAGGCGGCCAGUGAGAAACUUGGCUGCCCAGUGGUGAUUUGGAAUAAGGAUGGGAACACGUACACUAGAUACGUGAUUGCACCCAAGUUCAGCCGAGGUUUUGCUUGUGGUAGCACUGGUUGCAACCCCAUUUGCCUUCUUCUCACUUCCAAACACUACACUGCCCUGGUGCCUCCCCCUACCGGUUCCGUCCCUCACAGUUGGCUUCGGGAAACUCCGGAUGUUGUGAUUGAUCUCUCUGGCGGAGUUGGUGGUGUUGCUUCGGGUUCCGCUGGGCUUGCGCCUGUUGGGCCUUCUCCCCCGUCGGUGCGCGCUGGUGGCUCUCCUUCCCAGAGGACUUCCUCUUCUGCCGGCACCCCCUCCGUGCACUCCCUCGCCUCUCCUGCUCCCUCCAUGGCUCAGGGUUCGGCGGGGCGGGUUGGCGGUUUGCUUGGCUUCUGUGCGGCUUCGUCCUCGCGUUCCCCCUCCGUGCACUCCUUGGUCCGGUCCGCUGCGUCUGUCCGCCCUGGCGUUUCCGGUGCUGUCCCCAGUGUUGCUCUGCCCCCGGUCACGCCCGUGCCCGCUCGGAGUUCUUGCGCGUCGGUCCCCACUCCGUCCGUCCGAUCGGUCACUCCGGUUCGCCGCUUGCGGUCUAAGACCUUUUGUGCGGACGCUUUCGAGUCGCGCUCGUGUCCUUCGUCGGGUCAUCGCUGUGUGAGCGCCGCCGGUCCUGUGUCUGGUCCUGUCACCCCGUCCGUCCACUCGGUCGUCAAUCUUGCUUGUCGUCGCCCUGCGCGUGUCUCCAUCAGGUCAAGCGCCCUGUCAAGCGCAAGGGCGCCCGAAACUUGGAUUGGCCAUGCGAGGCUUGUGGAAGAGUGUGCAGACAAGCUCAAUUGGGUUCUCUAA